AUGCCUAGCCUACCCUCUUCCGUCGACCUCGACGAAUGUAUAUCACGUCUGUAUAAAAAGGAACUUCUAGCAGAAUCGGUUAUCGAGGCUAUAUGCGCCAAAACGAAGGAGCUUUUGAUGCGCGAAAGCAAUGUGGUGCACGUAAAGGCACCUGUCACCGUGGUCGGCGACAUCCACGGCCAGUUCUUCGACCUCAUUGAGAUCUUCAAGAUUGGAGGAUGGUGUCCAGAUACCAACUAUCUGUUCCUCGGUGAUUAUGUCGACCGGGGCAUGUUCAGCGUCGAAACCAUUUCUCUCCUUGUCUGUUUAAAGCUUAGAUACCCCAACCGAGUGCAUUUGAUACGCGGCAACCACGAGUCGCGAGGCGUGACGCAGUCCUACGGGUUUUAUACCGAGUGCUCGAGAAAAUACGGCAAUGCCAACGUGUGGCAUUAUUUCACAGAUAUGUUCGACUUUCUGACGUUGAGCGUGGUCAUCAACGACCAGAUAUUUUGUGUACAUGGAGGUUUAUCACCGUCGAUACAUUCCAUCGAUCAAAUCAAGAUCAUCGACCGGUUCCGCGAGAUCCCCCACGAGGGGCCGAUGGCCGACCUCGUCUGGUCCGACCCGGACCCGGAGCGCGACGAGUUCUCCCUCUCGCCGCGCGGGGCGGGCUACACGUUCGGCGCGCAGGUCGUCAAGAAGUUCCUGGCCGUCAACAGCAUGUCCCACAUCCUGCGGGCGCACCAGCUGUGCCAGGAGGGCUUCCAGGUGCUCUACGACGAUCGCUUGAGCACCGUCUGGAGCGCGCCCAACUACUGCUACCGCUGCGGCAACAUGGCCAGCGUGCUCGAGGUCAGCGACACGGGCGAGCGCUUCUUUAACGUAUUCGCGGCGGCGCCCGAGAACGACCAGCACAAGGACAUGCCCGAGAAGGCGGUCGACGGCAACUCGCUACCGGACUACUUUCUGUAG